AACUCGCGCGACCAUCAUAUCGCAUCACCCCGCACCCACAACGCCUCUGUAUUCUGAGGGUCUAAACCUAGGUCCAAGCUUCUCUCUUCAUCAAACUGCCGGAAUCAUACUGGGAGCAUCACACAAGCAUCCCCCAUUCCCCUCACCGCCUUCCCCUUUACGACAACAUCUCUCCCAUCAUGGAAUCUUCGGCCAGAAAGCAGUUCGGUAAGCUCGGAGGACCCCCUUGAUCCUUGAAUUAUCCUUCUCGCAAUUUCGCUAAUUUUCCUCCUGAUGGUCAGAUUUCGAAAAUAGUAUCACCUUGGUUGAUCCCACCAAAGAUGGUAUCUACGCUUACGAUGAUACCGAACAGAAGUGGGCAUUCCUCCUGAGCUUCAGUCUAAGGCGUCGAUGGCAAACAUUUAAUAAUCGCAUAGAACGCUGAGCGAGAAACGACCAUGGAAAGACAAUCCAAAUUACUUUAAACGCGUUCGCAUUUCUGCUGUUGCUCUGUUAAAGAUGGUUAUGCAUGCUCGGUCGGGCGGCUCGAUCGAGAUCAUGGGCCUGAUGGUUUGUUCUCAGCUCCCCAUUACCCCCGCUCCUAGCCGUGCUCGCUAACACCUGACAACUAUCAGCAAGGAAAAAUAGCCCACGAGACCUUUAUCGUAACGGACGCCUUCCCCUUACCGGUGGAGGGUACGGAGACACGUGUAAACGCGCAGGAGCAAGCUUAUGAGUACAUGGGAGCUUAUGUCGACUCUCAAAAGGCCGAGAAGCGCCCGGAGAACAUCGUCGGCUGGUAUCAUUCUCAUCCAGGUUACGGAUGCUGGCUGUCGGGGAUUGAUGUCAACACCCAGAUGAACCAGCAAAAAUUUACCGAUCCCUUCCUCGCCGUGGUCAUUGAUCCGGAUAGAACUAUAUCCGCUGGGAAAGUGGAUAUUGGAGCUUUCAGAACCUAUCCCGAGGGCCAUAAGGGGAAGAGCGACGAGGAGGGAGAAUACCAGACUAUCCCUUUGGCGAAGAUCGAGGAUUUUGGAGCCCAUACUAACCAGUAUGUUUACCCCCUUUCUGGAAACGAGUCCAACAUUGACAAUGGGCAGAUAUUACACUCUUGAGGUCUCCCACUUUAAAUCCUCCCUCGAUACCCACCUCCUCGAUCUUCUAUGGAAUAAAUACUGGGUGUCAACACUAUCGCAAUCACCAUUGUUUACCAAUCGCGAUUACUCUACAAAGCAGAUGGUCGAUUUGUCCCAGAAGAUCCACAAGACAGAACACUCGCUACUCUCUGGAGCUGGUAAGAGCAAUAGAUCGUCGCUGCUCGCCCCCAGUGUAACCGGCAAGCCGCAAGCUGAAGGGCAACUCGAUAAGGUUGUCAAAGAUAGUAAUAAGAUUGCCUCCGAAGAAAUCACUGGCCUCUUCAGCAGUGUUGUGAAGGACCGAGUGUUUGGGGGAGUGGAUGUUGUCACCUCGACCGGAAAACACUCUUGAGAGCUCCUCUAGAAGACAGCGGGUUGAUCACAUUAGAGGUUUCAUUUCGCCCGGCAACCUGGAUGGGGGAAUGGCGUUCCUGGGUCCGCAUUUUAUAUUCUCUAUAGCCCUCAACAGUAGCCCCACUAGAUAUUCAUCCGCCAGGCCGGAAUUGUGGGGCGACAAAAUUUGCGAGGGGGUGAUCUGGUGCGGUACUUCAAUUUGACAUAUCUCUACUCUA